AAUAUGGAUUCCACUGGUUCUUCGUUGUUGCAGAGAAAUCUUUGUUGAUCUCGACGUGUUCACUGUACGAUGAGUACUGCUUCAAAGUGUCGUCAGCUCACCUUGGCCAUCCUGAAGCCUCAUAUCACCAAAGUCCCUCACGUUUUCCAGAAUGUGAGAAAUUGCAUUAUUGACAAUGGCUUUCAAGUGGUCAAGUCAACAAGAACAACCAUUACAAAACACCAGGCUGCAGCAUUCUAUUCAGAGCAUAAAGAGCGCUUUUUCUACAAUCGUUUGAUCACAUUUAUGUGCAGUGGUCCAUCUGAGGUUUACAUUCUAGCAAGAAAGGAUGCCAUCAGAACUUGGCGUGAGCUAAUGGGUCCAACCAAAGUUUAUCAAGCUGUUUACACAGCCCCUAAUACUAUCAGGGCAAAUUACGGACUAUCUGACACAAGGAAUGCUACUCACGGAUCUGAUUCCGUGGAGUCGGCUCUAAGGGAAAUUGAAGUGUUUUUUCCAAGCUUCGAUUAUGAAAAGUGGAUAGUAGAAGAUGAACCAUACUUUAGUUCAGGAAAAGUUCAAUUUGAUGAAGAGAACUUUGUUCAUCGUGCUUUGAAAUCAUGAAUGUUUCAGCUUCGAAUCUGUGAUUUUUACGACCAAUUUAGUUUUCUUUUUCAAUAACUUCUAGGGUCACCAUCAAUCCCUAUUGUAUAUUGCCAAAUGACCAAAAAAUGUGUCCUUUGUGUGUAGGAAUGCCAAAGCAAUGUGUCUCAGAAAGACUAAAAUUUAAGACCUUUGUCCUUAGGGUCUCAGCAGUUCUAAAAGUGUUUUGCAAACUGUCACCAGUCUACUUGGGUUGUCUUGUCAAGCUUGCCAGAGUUUUACUUUGCUUUCAAUCAGAAUAUGUACAGAAAAGUUAUUUUCAAAAUGCAUGGUGGAGCUACCUUAUAUUGAGAAAUGUGAUCUAGUAAGACUUUCAAUUUUCUUUUGACCGAAAUUCAAUUUUCUACAACCAAGCCGUGGGCCAAAAUAUUAUUUUUGAGUUUAUUUGAAUGUGUAGCCUUACUUAUUCUAGAUCUAGCUGUGUAUCUCAAAUUUGAUAAAAAGAAUGGAGCGUUCAAAGUGCUGUGGUAUGGGCUCAUGUCAUCUUUUUGAAUUGUAAUUUGCAUAAUGUGUGAAUUACAUGCAAUAAUAAUUUGUGUAAUACUUCUCUGGUAUAGAGGGUCAAUAUUAAAUGUUUUGCUGUGUAGGAAUUAAGGAAAUGUCGGAAUAUUUCAAUUCUCACUUUCCAUUUCUAUUUUGUAGAUAGCUGACACCUAUUUUAGAGUCUUGAUAUGAAAGAUCAGCCUUGUCAAUCACUUGGCUCAUGGUGCCAAACCGUGGGCUCAAAUUUUCCCUAAACAAGCCAAUCAAUUUUUCUCAUUAAUUAUUAUUACUGGUUGCUAAUAUGAAUGCAAGGUAGGACACAUAAACCAGAUGUUUUGGAUAUUUAUUAGUGUUUGUGGUUCUGAUUUCCCUCUCAAAUUUGCUGUUGUGAAGAAUAUUUUACUUGGCCCUUCCAAGCCUGUGGUAACAUCAAGCUUCAAUAUCACCACAGGUUUUACUUCAUAAUAUCUGUUACAGCAAAGCCCAAAGAGUCUGGCUAAAGUAAGAAUUACUGAAGUCAAAUUCAUAUUCAUAGGUAUGGCCAGUUGAAGUGGCUCAAUGGAUUUGACCCAUAAUAUCCUUGUUCUAGCUAAUCUAGCCUGUCAAUAUUUUGUUCAGUUAGACUCUGGGCAUAUUUACUUCAAGCUCAGCUUGUGGAUAAUUCUCUGAAAGAUGUGAUCUCUUUUUAGCCAUGUCUUUAAAAUCCAACUACAUAAAGAACAUGUUGACUAAUUUUGCUGUCAUAAUGGAAGAAAUCAAGCUGUAGUAAAAAUUUUAACAUUGUACUAAAUCGGAUCCUUGAAGAUUCCCUAUGAUUUUUAAAGCGUUAAAUUUCCUAAGCACUUUGAAUUUUGGACUGGGAUAAGCUUUGCUUAAAUAAAUCCUGACUAAAACAUCCACCCUUGUGAUGUUCCCCUCUUCGACUUGAUGCCAUGCCAGAUCUAAAGUCUUAAGUACUUUUGGCAGUUUCUCAUUUUCAUCUUGAUUUUAUUUGGCUCCAAAAUACAAAUGGGCACAUUUUGAUUGAACAAUGUCCCCAUAUUAACUGUUUUGCUUUUGGUUUUUGGGACUUUGCUGGUGAAAUGCUUAAGCUGUAUUUUGUUUUUUACAGUCAGCCUUUGCCAUAUCAGACUAUCGGGAGUCAUUGUUUGUUCAGACAGUCAUUGUUUCAUCACUACCAGGGUAGAAUUAUCUAUUCACUGAUGUAAUGUUUAUGUAGACUUUAAUUAUAUAGAUGUUAUGGUGUGUAUUUUAUAUUUUUUGCUGAUGAAAUUGUGAAAAUGUACGGAGAUUUAGAGAAUAAAAGUGUAUGCUUGGCCUGAAAGUA